UUCUUGUGAAUCUUGUAAAUACGAAUUAUGCGAAUAUGAAUCAUACAAGUCUUGAGGAUAUGAAUCUUGAGAAUACGAAUCUUAUGAAUAUGAAUUUUGAGAAUAGUCUUGAGAAUAGUCUUGAGAAUAGACUUGAGAAUAGCCUUAGGAAUAGUCUUAAAAGUAAUCUUCAGAGUAGUCUUAGAAAUAGUUUUGAGAAUAGUUUUGAGAAUAGCCUUGGGAAUGGUCUUGAAAAUAAUCUUUGA